UGGACUAACCUUGAGAUACCUGCUGGACAGGAUCACACGUCACACUACAGGUAAGUAUUUGCUCACGUCCUCAAAAGGUUGACACUUAGCAGGAUGCCAUUCACCUAUCCCGAGCUCGUGGAGGAGGUGACCUUCAGGGACCGCGUGCUCAACUCGUCUCUGAAAAAGGCGUGGGAGAACGCCCACAAGAACGCGCCCAAGCCCAACUCUCUUCCCCCCACCCACCCAGGCUAUAUACGCAACCACGCCACUAACCCAAAGGCCCCUCUCGCGUCGCCCCAAAGCCCCGGGAAACGCAGCUUCUGGGCUUCCCUCCUCAAAUCCGAUCCCACCCCAACCGACGCCAACGCCUCCCCCGAACUACUUCUCCGCGAGCAGCGACGGCAGCUGCGCCGCAAUAAGAUGAACCGCAUGCGCACGGCGCGCCUCGUGGAGCCGGAUGUCGAUGCUCACUUCCGCGCGCUGCGUCAUGACACGCCGGGCACAGGCAAAGCCGCGCUGCAGCCGGGCUCGGCCUGGGAGAAGGAGCAGAAGGGUCUAUCUCACGAGGAAGAGGAGAGCAAGAACAAGGCGCGGAUCCGGAAGAAGGCGCUAGAGUUCCAGCGUGGUCGGCCCAUGUCGCCGCAGCCGCCGGUGGAGAAGGUUGGUGAUCGCAAGUCGUGCUUUUCUGCAAUCCCUAAGGUGGAAGGUAGGCGUAUGCGCGUGCGCUUUGAUGAUGCGGGGGUUCCGGGUAGGGUGCGGUGGGUUGAUGCUGAGGGGGUGGAUGAGUUGGCACGGGCGUCGUUGGGGGAGGAGGUCGAGGAGGACGAGGGGGUCGAGGGGUCGCUGUUCGAGGAUUUCUAGAUGCGGUGCAGAUGUCGAUUCUGGUUGCUUGAUUUGAGAUGUGGUAAUCCGCUGGUAAGGACCCUCAUUCUCUGUCAGCCUUCCUCGCAAGGUGGGAUGGACUGGUCAUCUUGUUAG